CUUCCUUUGUCAUGUUUUUACAUUCGUAAAUAAAAACUUUCAAAAUGUGGAUUGACGUAAGCGGCCCUGAAAGACAUAAUUAUACAUCGCAAUACAAUGGAUCCUACAUACCGGGAUACACUGGCCACUGCCCGUUGCUGAAGUUUCGAUACGGCAAGUGCUACGGCGAUAACACAAGGCAAAUCCUGCGAGAAAUACGGACGAAGGGGCUGUUUGACAAACCCUUACAAUAUAGGCCAGGAGACAACUAUGAACUAGACAACGUGGUGCGGAAGGGGCCUAUCAAGGACGUGUACGACGGAAUGCACAACCGAGAAUCUACUUACAUGACUGGAUACACAGGAUAUGUACCCGGAAUGAAUUUCACCUACGGAAAAUCGUAUGGCAGAACUGCCGACGACUGCAUGACUAACUUCGUAGAAAAUCAACGUCAACUAAAACGAAAAGCAAACUUCAACAAAAGCUACGUGAGAUCAAGAAGUGCUCCCAAAAUGGAGACCGUACAUUCAAGAGACGAGAUCAGAAGGGAUUUAAGCAGAUUCGUGGAGAUCAACAAAUAUAAGGAUAAUGCAAUAUCAGCGGAAUUUCCACCAAUAGCCGGCUACACGGGACACAUCCCGCGGAUUAAGGGCUCCGAAGCUUCGCUAAGCCAAAGAUACCAUUGUGCAGCGAAACGCGGCCUCCAACUCAUACAAAUGGAAAGAGAGAAACGCAAAGAACUGCAAAACGCUGACGCCAAUAUCCGUGCCAUCCUCAAACCUAACGAUAAGAAAUAUUCGUACAUCAACUGGGGAUAGCAUACGGCCAGGAGAAUGUUCUUUACUAAGUGCAGAUGAGCAUUCUUCUUAAAUUUCUUUGCAAAUGUGGAAGACGCGAGACUUUAGGAAAUUAGAAAAUCGGCUUUGAAAUAGGUAAUCCGUAAAUACAAAGUGAAAAAAGCAAGCGGUAACGGAACCACGAUGUGGCGAAGAUGAGCAGGAUAAAAAAUACUUAAGUAAUUUAUUUCUGUCCAUGAUCGGAUUUUAAUGACUUGGUGCCCAUAGCUGAAAAAUGAAAGAACUUAAGUUAAGAUCACCAACUAUCGAUGAAUAUGCUUUUACAAUAUGAUCCCAGAAACUGAAUAAAAUGUGUUACGAAAUUCAAAAUAAUUGUUAAUAACUUAGUCCCAAUUAAACAAUAGGUGUAAAAUAUUUAAGUGAAAUGUGUAUGAACCUAUGUUACUAAUUGUGAACAAUAUGAAAUCGGUAAUAUGAAAGAAUAAACUCACCAGUAUACUAACUCAUUUGUCUUCUAGGGAGAUGGACAGGGGCUAAGGAC